AUGUAUGUGGCAGACCAUGUACCCGCGCUUCGUUGUACUGCCUCGGCUGAAGCGGCCCAAUACCUACAGAAACACAUGUGGGACGUGGCGACAUUCCGACGAUUGUGUAAACAGGCCGGUCCUGCUCUGUGCGUUGAAGACAUAGAGGAAUGGUGCACGUCAACGGAAACACAUGUGCUUCGAGAGCGUGAGCGCCUCAGGACCGAGUUGAAUGCGUAUUCAACGAAUCGUGUACAGGAAAGUGCUCGACUAGCACACCAUGACCUGGGCGACCAUUAUCGCAAAUGCGGAGCAUGGAAUCAGGCUUUAGAGCACUACGAAAGCGAGCGCGAGUUUGGUACUACGAAUGAGCAUGCGCUCGUGUCGUACAUGAGUGUGAUGCAAACGGCCUAUGAGGCUGGCGAGCCUACUCGUGUUUUGGCAUGCUACGAUCAGGCAGACACCAUAUGGCAGGCACUAGAAGGGACGCUGGUGACACCCAGUGCAUCAGAUGCAUGGAGGACAGUGCUAGCAGCUGGUUACGUGUCGGAAGCGCAGCCAACAUCGCUAGCGACGCAUCGUGACGUGCGUGCAAGGCUCAUGGCCUGGCGAACUCUAGCUCAGUGGUCACUUUGCGAUGUACGAGGGAGUCUGCCCGAGCCCCACAUUGAUACUCAGCAAGUGGAAGUUUACACUGACAUUAUUGGAGCUCUGCAGUAUGCAUGGUAUUUGGUUCUAUGGGCUCUGUGUACAAACACGCCAUCUUUGCAACGAAAGCGUGUGAUGCAGGUGCUCGAGGACCCUGUCUUUCUAAGCCAUACCGAGACGGUGCCGGCUGCGAGGACCGUGUUAAAUGCAUACCUUGUAUCUGACUGGGCACUGUGCGUCCACACACUGCGCAACGCUUUGCCUGUCUGGCAAAGUGAUCCGACAAUCGGCGUGCAGCGAGGUCGGGUUUUGUUGCACGCAGUGAUCAUGCGCCUGGUGAAAUGUCACGUCCAGGCAUAUGAACGAGUAUCGCUUUCUUCCCUUAAAGGCCUUUUUGGCUCGAAUGUAUCACACAUGCUGAUAGAGCUAAUUCAGCACGGAGCGUUACAUGCACGCAUCGACUGGGCUUGUCAAGUGCUCGAGAAAGAGGCGCCGUGUCUUGCUCCGCGGCAUAUCUCUGAUCUGACUGCGUUGCGCGAACGCAUGGCGCUCGUCCAGCGCAUGACCCUCGACAAGCAAUGA